UUAUAUUUCGUGGCCUCUUUCUCCUCUUCCUGUAGCUCACUCCUCACUGCACGGAAGAGUAAUGGCGAGGAGGGAGAAGGGAGGCAUGAGGAGAGCUUUUUGCUAGUCCCUAGGCCAAGAGGCAUGAGGAGAGAGAAAUGAAAUGCAGAAGCAGAGGAGAGAGAAAUGCAGUAGGUGCCCUCCACUGCCCGACUGCAACUCUGCAAGUGGAGAGGAUGGCCUAGAUUUUGUUACUGUCGAGAACUGUGGCAAUGAUUUCCUUGCCUCGCUGGCUGAUGCGACACAAGCUACCGACGAAUGGGACGACCUUAAAGGGAUAGAGACUGAAGCUUGCGGCAAUUUGAAUGACAUGAUGAUGAAGGGUGUAACUGAUGUUAAAGGAGGAGUUGCUAUGGACAGUCAUUCAGUUAGAAAUGCAGAUUCAUCCAGCCACCAUGCUCCCGAUGAUUUGGAGAAUUUCAUCUUUUCCUCAGAUGAUUCAGAUUUUGAAAUGGGCAACCAUCGUGACGAUUCUUUCUGUAUCCAGGGGAAGACACAAUCCAGAAACUCUGAAAUGCAGAGCCGAAGCUCAACAAAAUCUACUGUGACCAGAGGAACCAAUAGAUACAAGUCAACAACUCCCACUUCAAAUAGAGAGAGGCAUCCAACUACAUUUCAUCAAAAGAGAGAAACUUUGAAUUAUGAACAGCUCUGUUGCCUUGACGACAUCAAUUUUGCCAAUGUUGUCAUCUUUGGCAACAAAAGCUUUAGGCCCCUGCAGUAUGAAGCUUGCAGGGCUGCAAUGGAUAACAGAGACUGUUUUGUACUUAUGCCAACUGGUGGCGGGAAGAGCCUGUGUUAUCAGCUUCCUGCAACAUUGCACCCGGGCGUUAGUGUUGUUGUAUGCCCAUUACUGUCACUUAUCCAGGAUCAGAUUGUGGCAUUAACGUACAAGUUUGGGAUACCAGCAGCAUUCUUGAAUUCUCAGCAAACUGCUUCGCAGGCAUCUGCCGUGAUCCAAGAGCUUAGAAAUGGCAAACCGUCCUUCAAACUUAUGUAUGUUACUCCUGAAAGAAUUGCCGGGAACUAUUCAUUUAUGGAGAUCCUAAGAGGCUUAAAUCAGAGGGGACUGCUAGCAAGAUUUGUGAUCGACGAAGCACAUUGUGUAAGUCAAUGGGGACACGACUUCCGUCCAGAUUACCGAGGCCUAGGAUGCCUGAAGCAGAACUUCCCUGGGGUCCCAAUCAUGGCUUUAACUGCGACAGCAACUGAAUCUGUUCGUAAGGACAUCCUUAGUGCCUUGAGGAUCUCUAAUGCUAUGACACUCAUUAGGAGCUUUGAUAGAGUUAAUCUCAAUUAUGAGGUGAUUGGCAAGACGAAAACUGCCCAGAAGCAGUUGGGUGAUCUCCUGAAAGAGCGUUUCAUGAACAAAUCUGGUAUUGUGUACUGUCUCUCGAAGAAUGAAUGUGCAGACACUGCCAAGUUCUUGAGGGAGAAAUACAAGAUAAAAUGUGCACAUUACCAUGCCGGCUUGGCAGCUCGUCAGCGAACCAGUGUCCAAGAAAAGUGGCACAGUGGGGAGGUCAAAGUCAUCUGUGCUACUAUAGCCUUUGGUAUGGGGAUCGACAAGCCUGAUGUGCGCUUCGUUAUCCACAACACCAUGUCAAAAUCAAUAGAAAGCUACUAUCAGGAGUCUGGGAGGGCGGGAAGAGAUGAUCUUCCAGCACAUUGCAUCGUACUAUACCAGAAGAAAGAUUUCAGCCGUAUUGUGUGCAUGUUGAGGAACGCAGACAACUUCAAGAGUGAGAGAUUCAAGGUCGCAAUGGAGCAAGCUAAGAAGAUGCAGGCAUACUGUGAGCUGAAGACUGAAUGCCGGAGGCAGGCACUUCUGGAGCACUUUGGUGAACAAUACAACAUGCAAAUGUGCAAAGGCGGACCUAGCCCCUGCGAUAAUUGCCUGAAGACCGCUUCUUGAGAGCCUUUCACUUAAUAAUGUGCAGUAUCAAUGCUCCUAUUGCUAAGAGGCCUUCCGAGGUCAAAAAGCUCCUUGACGCUACAGAGGAUGUCAACACUCCUACCAACGAAAAGCCUUCCAAGGUCAAGCAACCAUCUCUCAAGCUGGAGAGCUUACGAGUCAAGCCACCGCCGUCUCAGAAGCCCAUCUCGUGCAAAAAUGCCCAUCUAACUAAAGCAAGGGCGAGGCAGUCCAAUUUUGAAGGGUUUGGGCAUCAUUAGAAAGGAUGGAGAGAUUGAUGAAAACCUCAUUGAUGGAUAUGCAAAAAACCUCAAGGAGCUAUUUCCGAAGACCUUACUUGAUUCGCUUGUGCAUUUAGAUGGUCGCGUCAUGUGGGACUUUGUUGCUAGUGUUUCGACUAUUGUUUCUUAGGUGUUCCUGCCAGGUGGAUGAAUUGUCUCGUGGUUGUGGUGACUGUAGUUUCUUCAGCCUCUUGUAUCCUGUCUCAGAGGUUGUCCUGUUAGUUGGUAUCGUUUUGGUGUCUGGCCCCAGUAUGGUUUUGGGAGGGUGUUGUAUGCGGUGGUGUUUCCCCUUUUGGGCUUGUUGUAUCGCUCAUCUGGGCCUAACUCUUUUUAAUAUAA